AAAAGCCGCCCAAUUUUCGUUUAAAAAAUUUGCCCAUUCGCCUCACUUUCAGAGGGCUCCCUUCUUCCUUGAUUUAACACAGGUCUGCUGCUGUUUCAACGAGCUUCGUCAUUGCCGGAAACACCGUUAUUUCCACGGCGAGUUCGUCAAAUAGACCCCGCAAGGAAACUGUUCAAAGAUACAAUGCCGGAGGCCAGGGAUCGAUUGUUGAGGGAAGAAGAUCCGGUAGAGGCCUACAGCCGGAGGAGAUUUUCCCGGCCUAGCGGGAGGGAUGCUGGGAGAGUUGGUCCAAUAUUAUUUGUUCUAGAAGACGGAGACGGCGACAUUGAAGGGGGAUCAGCUGCAGGAGGGCGUGGCAGGUGGAGAGACACGCCAUUAGUGAGUACGCCUCUAAGAAUGGGAGUGACAGGGAGGGGGAGAAGUGUUCUUGGUGCUCCAAGAGUAUGGCGAACUCCUCAGAUCACAGGCCGUGAAAACCUGUCGCCGCUGGGGAGAGGUGUACGAAGCAGCCGAGGCCGUGGAAGUGUCCUGCCGUCGUGGUAUCCGAGAAGACCACUCAACGAUAUAACUGCGGUAGUAAGGGUGAUGGAGAGGAGAAGGGAGCGACGACAAAGAAUAGGCGAAGGCCAGCAGAGGGAGGGAGGUCCUACUCUCCAGGACCGGACGCUGCAUGACUCACCGGCACCUGCAUCACGUGCUCCUCUAGAGCACAACGACGUUUCUAUGACAACCCCUUGUCAGUCGGUUAUAAGCAAGCGCUGUCCAAUGAGCAUCAAUAAAGUGCAGAAGAUAUUGCUCGAUAUCGCCCAUGGAGAUUCUUCUUGCCUAACCCCACAGAAGAAGCUCCUGAACAACAUCGACAGAGUUGAGAAAGUGGUGAUGGAGGAGCUGAGCAAGCUGAAGAGGACGCCCUCUGCCAAAAAGGCCGAGAGGGAGAAAAAGGUCCGGACACUUAUGUUGAUGCGAUGAUAUAGGAUAUGAUAUGAUACAAUGUGAUAUGUCGAUUCUGAUCCUCAACCAAGGUUGAGACAGCAUUGCUUGUGCAGGGAACCCAAGGGUCGGGGACGGGUGGCCUGGAUUGUAUGGCUGAUCAUUGGCUGAUGAUCGAACUAACUUUCUUAGUUAUAUGAUCAUCGCUCGAUGACACACACACACCCUCUUUAUCAUUUUGAAUUCGAGUUUGGAUUUGCAUCGUUAUCGCGAUGUUUCUUUCAAGUUGGUGCCGUUAUGAUUGUGUAGGUGAACGAACGAAUGAGGCUUUUCAUUUUGGUUGUUAUAGAACAGAUGGAUGGAUGGAUGGAUGUGUACAUAAUAAAGAUUUUGAUGUGCUCAAUUCUGGUGUUUGGAUGUUCCAUAAGGUGUUGUGUUCUGUUCUGGUUUAGUUUUUUUAAGUGUAGAAUUUUUGUGUUGUAGCUCUGCAAAUGCUAUUCUGUU